AAUCGGAUGUUCUAAAUGGUUUGUGGCAGAACACAAGCCUUGAAUUCAACAGUUCAUCCAUCUACCUCUAAUGUUGUAUGUACCCCUGUUCAUGAUGGGGCGAAUUCGAUCGUACCCACCUAGGGACAGUUAGCCGAAGAUAAGCCGAUAGAGUCUAGCAAAUUCCUCCUCAGGCACGUAGUGCUAAACCCAUUACGCUUGACGCGCCUGUCGUUUUGCAGCCACCAGAAAGCUCACUCAUCACCUCAAAUCCGACCCUCAAACUCAUCGCAACCAUUCAAGAUGAGUUUCGUCCACCUAAACCCUCGCCCCAUGCUCGAGAAGCUUGUCGGGAACCCAGUCCUUGUUCGUCUAAAAUGGGGUGAGGUAGAGUACAAGGGAACGCUGGUAUCCAUCGACAGCUACAUGAACAUUCAACUCUCCGGCACCGAAGAGUACAUCGAGGACAAGCCUACUGGAUCACUAGGCCAAGUGUUGAUCAGGUGUAAUAACGUGCUGUGGGUGCGCGGUGCGGAUGCAGGAAGCGAUGCUGAUGCCGCUAUGACCGGUUAGUUUGCGUGAGUGGUGAAGGAACUGGGAGAGGGAGAGGAAUGCGACACGAUGCCCUUGAAGUUUGGAUUGGUCUGAUAACAAGUCUGCUUCCCGUGGUCGACGCGACACCGCCUUUUCAACCAUCAUCAAGCCUGUAUCACAAGCCGGAAUCAUGUAUUCACAGACACCUCGUUGCGAGGAAGCAAUUGUCGACUUGUUUUCAAAUCUUUAAACUAAACUUGGGGCAGACGGCCUAUGACGGUUCACAGUUUGGCAAUAUUUGCUAUAGUCACGAUCUAAUUAUAAACUGUGAAGAUUACUUUUGUGUGUCAAGAAACAUG